GUCCAUAAGAACGUGUGUAUUUUAAUAUUUGACAGAUGUCGCCUGCAGUCUGUCGCGCUCUAUGUGUUCCGGCCGUCAUUCUCAUUUGACAGUUUAAUGAUUAUCUGUUUAUUUACUGUUUUCAUUGGUAUUGGUUAUGGCUGAACAACAUAAGUUGAUAUAUCCCAUUAAACAUUUUCGUGACUUUCUCGAGAAUGAAAUACGUUUGGAUGGCCGAACAUUUGAUAAAUAUCGACCGAUAGGUGUAAACAUUGCAUCUUGUCAACACUCUUUGGGGUCCAGUGCAACGAAAAUCGGAAAUUCGAACAUUUUAUGUGGCAUACGGGCAGAGUUAUCCAAACCACGAGCAUCCAAACCACUUGCUGGUUAUAUUGUACCUAACGUUGACAUGUCAUUUACAGCAUUUUCAAAAGCUUCCUCAUCGUGUAAUAAUCAAAAUGUGUCCGAAAUAUUGGAGUGUUUUAUAUAUAGAAUAUUAUAUGAAUCACAUUGUUUGAAAUUGGAAGAUUUAUGCAUACAUCCUGGAAAAUUGGUGUGGUGUCUCUAUAUCGAUAUAAUUGGUUUAGAAGUGGAUGGCGGUGUUUUUGAUGCUUCAGUUUUAGCUUGUGCCUCAGCGCUCAGCACUCUAAAUUUACCAAUAGUUACAUACGAUGAGAAAAGUGGUAAAAUAGAGAUAGGUGAUGAAAUGAAAAAGCUACAUUUAAAUAUUUUCCCUGUUGUGAGCACUUACAGUAUAUUCGACAAUGUUGUACUGGUGGAUCCCACAUAUCGCGAAGAAAGUAUUUCGAGUACGGUUUUUCAUCUCGGCGUACAUGAAGACACAAUUGGACUUUUUCAUAAAAGUGGCGGAGUACCUAUCUCAGUAAAAGAAAUACAACAAUCGGUUAAAAAUGCUGUACACAGAGAAAAAGAGAUUACAAGUCUUCUUAAUAGUUUGAAAACAAAUCAAUAAAAACGCCUAAAUUUAACAUAAAUAGAUAAUUUUGGAACAUUAAUUUAUUCGAAGGAACAAUUACAUACAUACAUAUUUCAACCUCGCGAAAUUGUGAAAACUUGCAUUCUAUUAAGAUGUAUUUUAAUUUUAUUUUAAUUGUUUUAGAAGUAUUUGUACAUAAAAGCAUAUGUAAAUUAACAUUGUAGAUGGAUAUUUAGGCAAACAAUAUAUGCAUUUAUAUGAAAACCUAAA